UACACGAUGAACACUUUCUCAACAACACUACGGUCAUGCGCUACCCUGGCGCGGGUCUCGCCUCACCCACCAUCACCUUCACUGCGCAUCUCACCAUCCCUUCUCGUCGCCCGCCCCCUCCUGUUCUCGUCCCCGUCGCCCUCGCAGACCCGUCACAGUUCCCACUCCCCACUAGGCACACCACAUGCUGCAACAAGAAAGAAGAUCACCCUCGGCACACUCCGAUCCAUGUAUCAGAAGAACGAGCCCAUCACCAUGAUCACGGCCCAUGACUUCCCGUCCGCUCACGUUGGCGAUGCAGCGGGCAUGGACAUGAUCCUUGUCGGUGACAGCCUCGCCAUGGUCGCUCUCGGGAUGGAGGACACAAGUGAGGUGUUGGUGGAGGAGAUGCUGUUGCACUGUCGAAGUGUUGCGAGGGCGACCAGGUCCGCAUUUACCGUUGGCGACCUCCCAAUGGGCUCAUAUGAGAUCUCGCCCGAGCAAGCCCUAGAGACGGCGAUCCGCUUCAUCAAGACUGGGAGAGUACAGGGCAUCAAGCUCGAAGGCGGGAGAGAGAUGGCGCCGUCCAUCAAGCGCAUCACCACAGCCGGCAUCCCCGUCUUAGCACAUGUCGGCCUCACGCCGCAGCGGCAAAAUGCCCUCGGCGGGUUUAGGGUGCAGGGCAAGACAGCAGCCGGCGCACACAGAGUGCUUGACGAUGCACUGGCCGUGCAGGAGGCUGGCGCAUUUGCUUGUGUCCUCGAAGCCGUGCCCGCCGAGGUCGCUGCCCUCAUCACCAAGAAGUUGUCCAUUCCGACCAUCGGUAUCGGUGCAGGCAAUGGAUGCUCUGGUCAGGUGCUGGUGCAGAUUGACAUGAUGGGGAACUUCCCACCUGGACGCUUUCUGCCCAAAUUUGUCAAGAAGUAUGGCGAUAUCUGGUCCGAGAGCAUGAAGGCCAUGAAGGCAUACCGGGAUGAGGUCAAGAGCCGGGCAUACCCGGCACCUGAACACACAUACCCGAUAUCGAAAGCAGAAUUAGAGGCGUUCGAAAAGUCCAUAUAG